AUGGCCAUAUUCAGAUUUGCCAUUGAGAGUAUUUAGAAUACUAAACUUGUUCAUCCAGGUUACUCGACUAAAUUGCGCCAAGGGAUCGUAGUUAAAAUAUCCGAGUACAGGAAUGAUCCCGUUUAACCCUCCAAAUAUAAAGCUAAAUUAAUCUUGAUCAAGGGUUACCAGAUAAAAUUAGUAAUCCUCCAUAUUGUUACCAACAAAAAUGGGAAAUUAUUCAUUGCCAAAACAACUUUUGUCCUGCAAAGCCAUUACAUAUUGGGACAUGAAGCAGAGAAAUAAAAUAAAAAUGGCAUAAUGCCUUUAAAUAUGACAUGA